UUUGUUCUCUUGAAUCGUAAAUAAUCAAAAUCGAGCUGAGAGAAGUGGACCGUAGUGUGCAUGCUGUAGGCAAAAAUCAAUACUUUGUGGCAAACAUAAUUCAACCUGUUUUACAAUGGGAAAAACUAGCAAGGAUAAGCGGGAUAUCUACUACCGAUUGGCUAAAGAAGAAGGAUGGCGUGCCAGAAGUGCCUUCAAGCUGAUCCACAUUGACGAAGUUUUUAACAUUUUUCAAGGCGUGACCAGAGCCGUGGAUCUAUGUGCUGCUCCGGGCAGCUGGAGUCAGGUGCUUUCGAAAAAACUUUAUGAAAACCGCGACAAGGAAGCCGAAGACGUCAAGAUCAUUGCCGUUGAUCUACAAGCCAUGGCACCGUUGGCUGGCGUUACCCAGUUGCAGGGCGAUAUUACCAAACUCAGCACGGCGAAUGCAAUUAUUGAACAGUUUGGAAAUGGACAGAAAGCCCAGCUGGUAAUUUGCGACGGGGCUCCCGAUGUGACCGGUCUCCACGACAUCGAUGAAUACAUUCAAUCCCAGCUGCUGCUGGCCGCGCUCAACAUCACAACGCACGUUCUGGCCGAGGGUGGUACAUUCAUUGCGAAAAUUUUCCGCGGAAAAGACACCACAUUGCUCUACUCGCAGCUGCGGAUUUUCUUUGAAAAAGUUUCGAUCGCCAAACCGGCCAGUUCCCGCAAUUCAAGCAUUGAAGCUUUCGUGGUUUGUCAGAGCUAUAAGCCACCGGAGGGCUAUAUUCCGCAAAUGAUUAAUCCCAUGCUGGACGACGUUCAGAAGAUUGCCAGCGAGACUGAAUCCGAAGUGAAUCGGUCCAUUAUACCUUUUAUUGUGUGUGGAGAUUUGCGUGGAUAUGAUUCGGAUAUGUCGUAUAGCUUGAAUCUUGAUCCAGAGAAAGAUUAUGAGUAUCGAGACGUUGUCCAGAAGCCGUUGGCCCCAGCAUACAGCGAGGUGCUGGAGCGUAUGAAGACAACUUCGUUGAAGCACGGUAGCAUCAAGACAUUAUCUUCGGUUGUCCCAACCAAUAAAAAAGGAAGACGCCAAAAAAUAUGUUAAGUAUAUGCUCACUUU